AUAAUUAAGCAAAACUUCGCACACUAUGGAUCUUAGAAAGCUUCAAAACCAUGCUGCCUUUCAUGGUACUGGCCCUUAGAAAAAGGGUUUUCACACUACAUUGACCACAAAUACCAUACAUUAGAAGUCUUACAUACAGUUCUUUCUUUAUUCUUUUGCUACCAAACCUUCCUACUCCCUUCCUUAAUUUCCCUGUAUAUAAUUCCCUUUGCGUCUAAACAACCUCCAAAGCCAUCACCACUUCCGACAUGGAACUUACAGAGUAUUAUGUCAACAUUUUUGUUUCUCUUGUGCUGCUUGCUUUCCUUGGAUUGAUCCUACGUUUGUAUCAUGAGCUGGUGGUGAAGCCAAUGAAGCUCCGAGCAAGAUUACUCAAGCAAGGCAUCAAAGGGCCGCCUCCGAGUCUGCUAAUCGGAAACAUAAGAGAGAUAAAGAAGGCACAAUCCAGCAUUGUUAAGGUUCCUAGCAUGCAAAACCCUGCCACUCACAACUGCGGUGCGCUACUCUUUCCAUUCCUUGAGCAAUGGAGGAAACAAUAUGGUCAAGUAUUUGUGUUUUCUCUUGGUAACACUCAAAUAUUGUUCGUCAAUCAACCUGAUGCUGUGAAAGAGAUUACUACAUGCACGUCCUUAGCCUUGGGGAAGCCUUCCUAUCAACAAAAGGAUCGUGGUCCUUUGCUUGGUCAGGGAGUUCUAACUUCAAAUGGGGCAAUAUGGGCUCAUCAGAGAAAAAUUCUUGCUCCCGAAUUAUACAUGGACAAGGUUAAGGGAAUGAUGAACCUGAUUGUCGAAUCUACAUUUACGCUAGUGGACUCUUGGAAGACCAGAAUAGAGGUCGAGGGUGGACUUGCUGACAUCAAAAUUGACGAGUAUAUGCGAAGCUUCUCUGGAGAUGUCAUCUCAAGAGCCUGUUUCGGAAGUAAUUAUUGUAAAGGAGAAGAAAUCUUCUUGAAGCUAAGAGCUCUACAGGAGGCCAUGUCCAAGAAAGGUUUAUCCACUGGCGUGCCUGGAAUGAGAUAUCUUCCCAUCAAAAGCAACAGAGAAGCUUGGGAACUUGAAAAGGAGGUACGUGAUUUGAUAUUGCAUGUGGUAAACGAGAGAAAGGGGGCAGCAACAUACGAGAAUGACUUACUGCAAAUGGUGGUUGACGGAGCUAAAAACAGUGACCUGAGUCAAGAAGCCACCGAGAGGUUUGUAGUUGAUAACUGCAAGAACAUAUACUUGGCUGGAUAUGAGACUACUGCCGUUUCUGCCACCUGGUGCCUCAUGCUUCUAGCUGCCAAUCAAGAAUGGCAGCAUAAUGUGCGGACAGAGGUGGUUGAAAUUUGUGGCGGUGGUACUCCGGAUGCUGGCAUGCUUCGUAAGAUGAAUCUGCUUACUAAGGUAAUUCAGGAAUCAUUGAGACUUUAUCCGCCAGUAGCUGUGGUGUCGAGGGAAGCCUUGGAAGAUAUGAACUUCGGAGAGAUUUUUGUUCCCAAGGGUGUAAAUAUUUGGAUGAUGGUGUUGGCAUUGCACACUGACCCUGAAAUUUGGGGUGAAGAUGCCUAUAAAUUCAACCCGAAUAGAUUUGCAAAAGGGAUAAAAGGUGCAUGUAAGCUGCCACAAGUGUACAUGCCAUUCGGGGUUGGCCCCCGGGUGUGCCUUGGACAGAACUUGGCCAUGGUUGAACUGAAACUACUAAUGUCUCUCCUUUUGUCUAACUUCUCCUUCUCCCUUUCUCCCAACUACACACAUUCGCCUGUUCUAAGAUUGGUAAUAGAGCCUGAAAAUGGCGUCCAUCUCUUGGUAAAGAAGCUGUGAUUCGAGAGCUUUUAGACAAUUAAAUGAACUCAGCCAAGCAUUUCCAUUUCAUUUGGAACAAAAUAAGAGAGUUAGGCGGAACCCAAUGUAUGAUGUAAACAAUCUAUAUUAUUGUUUUCAUUUUCUUCUUCAGUACUCUUUAGUUGGUCUAUAUGCCUAUGGCAAAAGAGAUGAAUUAUAUAAAUCUUUAGUUGUUCUA